AUGGCAAAAUGGGCGGCCAGUUAUUACGGCAGCAACGUCAUCAUGGGCUUCAACGAGCCUGACCGUGUGGAAGGCUCAAAUAUGGCGGUGGACGAAGCCAUCUCACUGUGGCCUCAGCUGCAAAACGCUGCCACCAAUGGCAUAAGGCUGGGCUCGCCGUCAGUCGGGGGAGACGCUGCAUCUGGCACUUGGCUGCCAGACUUCAUGAGCAAAGCCCAACAGCACAACCUGCGUGUGGACUUCAUCUGUGACCACUGGUAUGGAGCAAACGUCACCAACCCGGAAACCGCAGCUGAGGACUUGAGGCAGUACUUGCAGAGGGUGUACGACAAAUACGGCAAACCCAUCUGGCUCACAGAGUUUGCGCUGAUCAAUUUUGCCAACUACAAUCAAGCCACAGGCACUUACACCACGGUCUAUUCAACUUGGGAGAAUCAGGCGCGGUUUGCCACCCUUGCAAUUGCAAAGCUAAAAGCUCUGCCCUUUGUGGAGAGGUAUGCUUGGUACAGCCUGCCGGCUCCAAGCUCAGCUGCAACAAACAACCUUGCAAGCGGCGGCCGCACCUACACGCUCACCCCAGUCGGCCAAAGCUUAAGGGAUGCAUGA